AAUAGUCAUCUCUUUUCACAUUUAACACUAAAUUUUUGUAUCCCUAGCUGCUUCUACGAAAGCAUUCUUCACAGCCACUCACGACGGUCGUCAGCUUUCGCAGCUCAGCUUCCCGGACCUCCUCUAUACCCAAGUCUUCAAAGUUUGCUCAGAAGCCAGACAUAAGCUAGUGAAGCUGAACCACAAAACAAAAGGGAAAAACAAUCCGGUUCCUAUCGCCGGCCGUCGGACAGGUCUGUAGUUUUCUUACCUUAUGGCGAUGUGUGUGGAAGACAGGAUAAGUAGUUUUCCGGAUCAUAUUCUUUUUCAUAUUUUGUCUUUCCUUCCCAUUAAAGAUGCAGUUCGAACCUCUAUUAUUUCUACCAAGUGGAGAUACCUCUUUGCUUCAAUUUCCACCAUUAAAUUUGAUGGUUCUUUAAUGAGUGGUUUGACUGACAGAAAUGUUGACAGCUUCAAGAACUUUGUUGAUAGGUUAUUGAAAUUCCCCGAUCAGGUAAGUUUAGAUUGCUUUAGGCUAAAUGAUAAUGUUUCAUGGAAUGAUAAAGAGCAUGAUUUUGAUGUUUCUGGCUGGAUAUGUGCUGCAUUGUGCCGUGGUGUUAAGGAAAUUGAUUUGGACUUAAAGAAUCUUGGGGAUACUUUACCAGCUCUUUUAUUCACUUGCCACUCACUGGUGACACUGAAAUUGGAUGCAGUAGAUUCUGAGAUUAAGGUCCCAUCUGACGUUUGUUUAGGGAAUCUGAAGACUUUGCAGCUUAGAAACUCGGUACUUUUCGGUGAUUCCAUUCAUAGGUUAAUUUCCAAUUGCCAUGUCUUAGAAGAUUUGGCUUUUAUUGAAUGUGGUUUUGAUAAUAUAAGUGAGGUCAAUAUCCAGAGUCCUUCGCUUAAGAGAUUGGUUUUAGAGUUUGAUGUGACAGAAGGCAGAUAUUUCAAUUAUGUGGUGGUGAUUAAUGCUCCCAUUCUUGUUUAUUUUCAAUAUCAUGCCGCAGUAGCUGCAAGUUAUACUUUGAGUACCAUGAAGUCCCUAGAAAAAGCCGAUAUUAGCAUCUAUCAGUUUGAUUCCAUUAAUAGUGAAACAAGUGCAACUCAUCUUAUUCAAGGAAUUUGCAAUGUGCGGUCUCUAAGUUUAACCACUGAUGCAGCGAUUUUCCUAACUAGUGGACUUCCUAUAUUUCACAACCUUAUUGAAUUCAAAUAUCUUGGUGUUGGUUUUAAUGGGAGAGAAACUUGGCUUGUGGAGUUUCUACAUUGUGUGCCUAAUCUAAAGACACUUACCCUCAAUUUUCCGGAUGAUGCGGGAACCCGAUGGAAGGCUUUACGUAUGAAAGUUCCUUCUUGUUUGUCAUUUCACCUCAAGGAGAUUGAAAUUUCAUACUUUGACCCACGUAUGAUUGAAAUGGGUGCUGAUUGGAGAGGAACUUGGCUUGUGGAGUUUCUACAUUGCGAUCUGGCUGUCACGAAAACCAGAUUACUUGCCUCUGCAUGUCAAGUUCUGUGGUCAUCUGGUGUCAUCCAUGUCGUAAUAAACUGAUCAACCUGUGAAACACAAGCAUUGGUGGUGUGAAUUCUAUAGUCAAAUCAAGGGUGGUGAUGUCCCAUUGUCUUGAAACAUCAGUUCAUCACAGAGAGGCUUAAUUCCAGUAUUAUAACAGGCUAAAUCCCAAAGUUCUCAAACCUUAUCUUUAAUGGCCUGUCUUGAACCAAAGUAAGAAUGAAAGUACAAAUCUCCAUAGCUUGAUGUUCCUUUCACAGCUUCUUGUGUAAUGUAUAUCAUUUCAAGCAUACGUGUAUCUCCUUGAAUUGAGAUGAUAAACAAGAAGAAACUUCUCAUGGUAAAGCCUUCAAUCGAGUUUUCCUAACAGCCUACACUCAUGAGAAAAAACAAGAGAAAUGUUAUCUGAUUUGUAACUUGGAUUUAGGUGAUAUCUAACAUGGUUUUCUUUUCUUUUUAA